AAGAUGCAGAUAUCAAAACCGCAAUCCCGCUAAGGAAGUGGCUUUUGCAUCACUCAGCCAGACACGAUCCUCAUUCCGGCUCGUAUUGCAUUACCGUGAUAGGCUACCAUUUCAGGGUUACUACAGCCGCCUAAUUGUUGUGCGUCGUUGUUCAUUCGUCCUCACAGGGUCCAGGUGACUCAGGCAUUGGCACGGUUCACGGCAGGUCUACAAUCUCACGUUUUGCAGCCGGGUACUACGUCUGCUAGGUAUCCGCAAUGGCUUACGCCGCUACUUCAUCGCCUUCCACCAUCAAUGGCGACACUCAAGCAAGUUUAAAACUCACUGGCUCACUCUCUCAACCUCCCAAACUACAUAAUGUCAUCACCUCAAUCCCGCCUGCUUCCAAUCCAUCUUCAGCUACACCCUACUCCUCCUAUGCAGCUACCCCAAACUCUAUCCGCUCAGCACACAAUUACUCAAAUGCUUCAAGCCCAUCAGGCACACCCUUACAUAUUCCGUCUGACUCUCUUCGCGGCCGACUGUCUACUACUCCUCUUAUACCGCCUGGCACUUUUGAACUUGGGGAGUCUGAGAUGGCUGUCCCUGGCUACGCCAUUACUACUAGCUCGGGAGACCCAACCACGCAGAAUACGAAUAAAGGCCCCGGCUUGAUGCGCAGAAUCUCACGUGGGGCGGCGAACAAGCUUACGAGAAGACGCCAGUCCACCACCCACAAUGACAAACGAGAUCGAAGCUCUGGACCGGUAAUCAUGCGCAGACGAAGCGAUAGCAAGACCGCCCAGAAUAGCUGGGAGAAUGCCCUGGAGUCUAGCAACGAAGAAGACAGCAAUGACGCCCUGGAAUCCUUGGGUGUCUGUGGCUCAGAAGCAUCAAGCUUGCCAAACGAGACCUCAAUGGCCGCUUCCCGCAAUUGCGGUGUGGUUGCGCCUAAAGUCGACGGGGCGAUCCAACGCGGCACAAUUCUGACCAAGGUCACAAAAAAGCGCCGCAAGCAGGUGCGAUUUUUUCUGGACCUUGAUGCUGGCAAGGUCUAUUGGGAUCCUACGAAUCCAACGAAACGGUUCUACAUUGACGACGUCAAAGAGAUCCGCGUUGGUGCGGAUGCGCGCAACUACCGCGAGGAGCACCAAGUUCCCGAGGAGGUCGAAAAUCGAUGGUUCACAAUUGUCAUUGCCGAUGCUGAGCGCUCCAAAGGCCGUGCGGUCAAGACAAUGCACCUCAUCGCUCCGAAUGACCAUAUUCUGGAGCUUUGGACCUCAACUCUCGAGCACAUCUCUCGUUACAGAAUAGGUCUUAUGGCUGGUCUGGCAGGUUCCGGACAGAGUGAGGCAGUCCUGAAAGCUCAUUGGCAGCGCGAAAUGCAAAUAUUGUUUCCGAAGGGUCUCAAGCCGGGUGAUCAGGAGAGUCUCGACUUUGAAGCCGUGGAGGGCGUUUGCCGCAGCCUGCACAUUAACUGUUCGAAGAAUAUGCUGCGCGCUCAGUUUUCGAAAGCAGACAUCAACAAUAAGGGGAAGCUCUAUUUCUCUGAGUUUAGUGACUUCGUUGCUAGGCUGAAGGAGAGGAAAGAUGUGAAGUCGAUCUUCAAAGACAAUGCUCUUGACCCUGAUGGUCUCACUUGCGACGAAUUUCUAUCAUUCCUUCGCGAUGUGCAGAAUGAGGACGUUGACUUGGACCGAAAUUAUUGGAUUUCUAUAUUCGACAAGUAUGUUCGGAAGUCAAAGCCGCGCACGCCGAGUAUACCGGAGCACGGUGACAACCAGGUCUCCCGAAUGAGUGUUGAUGCUUUUUCUUCAUACUUGGCUUCCUCUUCAAAUGGAAUCUAUGCCUCUCGGGCCCCCAAAUCUAGAUUUGAUCGACCGUUGAAUGAGUAUUUCAUCUCAAGCUCACACAACACUUAUCUGCUGGGACGCCAAGUGGCUGGUGCAUCCAGCACGGAAGCUUACAUCAGCGCACUCUCGCAAGGUUGUCGAUGUGUAGAGAUAGACUGUUGGGACGGCGCGGACGGUCGGCCUAUUGUCUCUCACGGAAGGACCAUGACCACCAGCGUGCUAUUCGCGGAUUGCAUCACAGUCAUCAAUCGCUACGCUUUCAUAAGCAGUGACUAUCCUCUUAUCCUGUCUCUCGAGGUCCAUUGCUGUCCCGAGCAACAAUUGGCCAUGGUAAGGAUCAUGAAGGAUAUCUUCAAAGAUCAACUUAUUCUGGAGCCGCUCCUUACAAACACAUUCGCCCUGCCAUCACCUGAAGAUUUAAAAGGUCGCAUUCUCGUCAAAGUCAAAGUGUGCGAUGAACCUCAGGGCGAUGUGUAUCAGGAAUCUUCGAGCACGAUCUUGAGUCACGGUCGCAAACGCAGUUCAAGCUCCCCGUUUAUGCGAUCGAUGGUACCAGAGCAUCAAAUGACUUUUAACCUCCCUCCCUUGACGAAUUCAACCACGGUUGGCCCAGACAGCGCCGAUACUUUUUUGACACACGAUCGACGCUCAUUCACAACUACUAGUAUCAGCAGUGCUACAGAGGACAGUGACACCAAUAUGUUCUCGGCUACACAGAAAGAACGGCGACGAAGCCAGAAGAGCAAGAUUACCAAGCCCUUAUCGGACCUGGGGGUCUAUACCCGAGGCUACAAAUGGCAUAGCUUCUUCUCGCCAGAAAGUCAGCAAUACAACCAUGUGUAUUCAUUUGCCGAGCGCUCAUUCGAGAGCAUCUGCCGCGAUAUGGAUAACAAAGCUUUAUUUGAGAGACAUAAUAGGAAAUAUCUCACCAGAGUCUAUCCCUCUGGAUUUCGCUUACGGUCGUCCAACUUUGAUCCACUAAAGUUCUGGCGGCGUGGUGUGCAGAUGGCGGCCCUGAACUGGCAAACCUACGACAUCGGCAUGCAAAUGAAUCAUGCCAUGUUCGCAGCAGGGACUGAUCGUACAGGCUAUGUUCUCAAGCCCGAAUCCCUCCGCACCGUACGUCCAGGCGAGGAGACAGCGAAGAGUAAAGAAAGGAAACUCGUCAGAUUUUCGGUUGAUGUUAUUUCCGCGCAGCAACUGCCCCGCCCUCGCAGCCUUGGACCAGAUGACUACAUCAAUCCCUAUGUCGAGAUCGAGAUGUUUAGUGCGGAUGAUCGUGGCCAAAGCUUUGUGCUUGGCGAGGGAGGCAUGGAUGCCUCUGCUCGCAACGGUAUGUCAGGCAUUGGGUAUCCCCAUCGUCGACGUACAAAAAUUGAGCAAAGCAACGGCUACAGUCCCAUUUUCAAUGAUCGAUUCAAGCUCUCGCUAGAAACCAAGUACCCCGAUCUGGUUUUUGUGCGAUGGACUGUCUGGAGCUCUCUGGAUGGCCGCAGCGCAGGAAACAACAAUAGUGUGCAGUUAGCCACUUUUACCGCCAAACUCAGCAGCCUUUCGCAAGGGUAUCGCUACCUGCCCCUAUGCGAUACUGGUGGUGAUCAAUAUCUGCUUUCCACGCUGUUCUGCAAGAUAGUCAAGGAAGAUCCUAUCCCGGUCCAACGCCUCGAUGCCGAAGAGCUCCGGGCUGAGCGAAUGGGAAUCUUCCGCCAAAUCGGUCAGACUGUCUUCAAACGAGCUUCAUCUGCCGAAAGGGACAGGGAUGCUUGCUCCGACAAAGGCAGUGAAGCUCCAAUGACUCCAGACGAUAAUACUUCUCCUAUAUCGCCCGCGCUGACUCCGACAAUCUCGGCAGCUUCUACUUCAUCUUUACCCCCUUGAAGUGCACAGAUUGAGAGGUCAUAGUGCAAAAUCGUGCUCAAACUACGCCACGCCUUUCAUUUCGUCGCUUCUGGAGCAGUCUACUUAUCAUGAAUUCCUUCGUCUCAUUUGGGGUGCAAGUAUAGGAAAUGGCGUUAACCUAGCCUCGGUUGCAUUUGCUUUGUGCUAUUAUUUCGUUUGCAUUUGUGUUUUUGGAGCCGCAGGCGCAAUUCAGCUGCAGAAGAAGCCACAGGU